AGACUGCAUGAACGACCCACCAUCGAAUGGCUACUACUAUGCCGUACUACUACUACUUACCCCUCAUCCUGUCCGAUUUAAAGAGCCCUCCUGUCCUUUUCUGUGCUGUGCUGUAGACGCCUACCUUCUCUCUUCUCUCUUCCAACUCACCAAUCUCUCUUCCCGCGAUCGUGAUAACCAGACUCAACUACAAAGCUAUUUACCUAUUAAAAUCUCAUCUAAGACCUCACUCCAUCGGUACGGUUAAUGGAAGCAUCUCCCAUCAUGGAGCUAUCUCAGUAUCAAGGUAACGUUAUUUAAACGCAUGGCGGGUGCUCGAUGUUCUUGAUUUUGUGAUGAAUCACCUUUUGAUAUGAUACGAUCUAUCGAGAGGUGAUAUCAGACACUAGAAAGACAUCAGGGCUGAGAUUACACCGUUCAAACUUGAUCUGGAUAAUUCCAGCGAAAGGACAUGCUACUUUCUCCUCCCCCUAUUUGUCUGAUCAGUGUGGUAUUGACUGUCGAAGCAUUGCUUGAUCCAUCAUGUCUACCGACAAGAUCACGUUCUUGACCAACUGGCAUGCGACGCCAUACCAUGCCCCUCUUUACCUUGCCCAAGCGAAGGGAUACUUCAAGGAUGAGGGCAUCAAGGUUGCUCUGCUUGAACCCAACGACCCUAGCGACGUUACCGAAAUCAUCGGCACCGAAAAGGUCGAUCUUGGAUUUAAGGCCAUGAUCCACACCCUUGCUGCCAAAGCCCGAAACUUUCCUGUCUUGUCUAUUGGUUCCCUUCUCGAUGAGCCUUUCACAGGCGUUGUGUACCUCAAGGACAGCGGUAUUACUACCGAUUUCAAGACUCUCAAGGGAAAACGAAUUGGCUAUGUAGGCGAGUUCGGAAAGAUUCAGAUUGAUGAGCUUACCUCGCACUACGGGAUGACCCCUGCGGACUACACCGCAGUCCGUUGCGGCAUGAACGUUUCAAAGGCCAUCAUCAAAGGCGAGAUUGAUGCUGGCAUCGGCCUCGAAAACGUCCAGAUGGUCGAACUCGAAGAGUGGCUUGCUGCGCAGGGCCGUCCCAAGAGCGACGUGCAGAUGCUGCGCAUUGACGAACUUGCCGAGCUAGGUUGCUGCUGCUUCUGCACCAUCCUAUACAUCGGCAACGAGAAGUUCAUCUCCGAGAACCCGGAGAAGGUGCGCGCAUUCAUGCGUGCAGUCAAGCGGGCCACCGACUUCGUUCUCGCCGAGCCGGAGAAGGCGUACGCCGAGUACGUCGAGUUCAAACCGGUCAUGGGCACCGAUCUUAACCGUAAGAUCUUCGAGCGCUCAUUCGCCUACUUCUCCAAGGAUCUGAAGAAUGUUCAGCGCGACUGGCAGAAGGUCACUAGGUACGGCAAGCGCCUCGGCGUCCUCGACGAGAGCUUCCAGCCCAACUACACCAACUCGUUCCUGUCCUGGAUGCUUGAAGGCGAGUCUUCGGACCCUACCGGCGAUCAGAAGCGCAUGGUUGUGCUCCAGAAGGAUGUGGCGGCCCAGGGAGGUUUCCACCGCCUUGAUGCGGAAAAGUCCAGUGAGGCCGCUGUCCAGGCUUGAAUGUGUCUGGCAGAUUUUGGGGCCUUGGGCCUUUUUUGGACUCCCUAUGUCGAUUGCGAUAUGGAUUCACUCCUUGAUCAAUAAGCUUUCGGACGCUCAUUAGAAACGUGAAACAUAGUAGCUGCUCUGUAUAUAAUAACACAAUUCAGAGUGAGCUUCCUUAUGAGUCAAAUUGAAGCUGCCCAUGCAUGAAGUCGGGAUUGUAAAGACCUCAAGAUCGUCGUAUUUAGAUGAAAUGAAAAAUGCCAAAUG